GACACUUACUCGGACUGCUUCGUCUCUCGGAGUUAACGGUGAAAAGAACUGGGUCCAACAGAGUAUUUCACUGACAUCUUAAAUUUGAUACCUGUUAAGUGAAAUCUUCUCUUGGUUUCCACCCCCUCGGUCGAAUGCUCCUUUUGCCCCGCCCACGUAUUUGAAGCGACAACACCGCCAAAAUCUGUUCUCCCACGGGAAAAUGAGUGCUGGUACUGAGGAGCCCCGAUGGAGAAAAGUUCACUCCGCUACAGGGGUGAUACCACGUUCCAGACACGGACACCGAGCUGCAGCGAUACGGGAACUGAUUAUUGUGUUCGGUGGUGGAAACGAAGGGAUAGCGGAGGACCUCCAUGUUUAUAAUACUGUCUCCAAGCAGUGGUUUCUUCCUGCAAUGAGGGGUGACAUCCCACCUGGCUGUGCUGCCCAUGGCUUCAUCUGUGAAGGCACUCGAAUUCUGGUCUUUGGGGGCAUGGUGGAAUUUGGAAAAUACACCAACAGUCUAUAUGAACUUCAGGCUAGCCGCUGGCUGUGGAAAAAACUGAAGCCCAAAGCUCCCAGGAAUGGCUCACCUCCCUGCCCUCGGAUUGGACACAGCUUCACUCUUGUGGGCAAUAAGUGUUACCUGUUUGGAGGGCUGGCUAAUGAUAGUGAAGACCCCAACAGCAAUGUACCAAGGUACAUGAGUGACUUCUAUGAGUUGGAACUGCAGUCUGUUUCGGGGGUGAGAGGCUGGGGCAUCCCAGAGACGAAGGGUGGUGGUCCCUCAGCACGGGAGUCCCACACCUCAGUUGCUUAUACUAGCUUUGGCUCCCCAAAGAUCUUUAUUUUUGGAGGGAUGCGAGGAUGCCGAUUAGAUGACCUCUGGCAGCUUGACCUUGACACAAUGGUUUGGUCUAUGCCUGAGACCAGGGGUUCCACACCACUUCCCAGAAGCCUUCACUCUGCCAAUGUUAUUGGAAACAAGAUGUAUGUUUUUGGAGGCUGGAUUCCUGUUCCUGAGUCAGAAAAACACGGUGCUUUAGGAACCAAAUGGAUCUGCACUAACUCUUUAAGUGUGCUCAACUUAGACACUAUGAACUGGCAGAACCUGGCCCCAGAGGAGCGAGAUGAUAUUGAGUCCCAACUGCAGAGCCAGGGACCCCAGAGAGAUGACCCCUAUGCCUGUAGGCCAAGAGCCAGGGCUGGCCACUGCACCGCCGUCGUUGGGUCCAGACUUUACGUUUGGAGCGGCCGAGAUGGAUACUGUAAGAGCUGGAAUUACCAGGUUUGCUGCAAGGACCUCUGGUACUUGGAGACAGAUCGACCUGCCACCCCAGAGGCGGUGUUGCUCAUCAAAUCCACAGUCAGCAUGCUUCAUGUGGCAUGGCGCCCCCUGGGGGCAGCAGACUGCUACGUCCUUCAGAUCCAACCUGUGUGCCCUCCAAACACUGCAGGCAGUGACCCACCAGCCAAACCAGUCAGUCCAGCUGUGACAGGUGAACAAGAGGGGAAGGAUAAAGACCCUGCAGGCGUCCAGUCUCUUCAUCCUCAGAUUGAAGGAACCACUAAUAGUGAGGAGAAAGCAUUAGCUCAGGGUGCUGCAGCACAGCAGGAAACUUCAAUGAAAUCGUGCAGAGGCUCUGCAGAAACUCAAGUAGAGCGAGGAAGGAAUGCUGGGAGAAACUUGGAAAACUUCCAGUCAAAAUGCUGCACUGCUGGACAGGAGACAUCAUCAACACAGAUCAGCAGCUCAGCUCAGCAUAAGUCAGCUGAUAAUACAGCAGAUGUCUACACCCAUACAGAUCAGGUCCAACAGCAGCCAGAUGAAGCAGUUUGGUUUGAUGUUGGAGUGUACAAAACCCUCUUCUCGGCGUUCACCCACUACUUUCUCCCUGUUGACAGUGACCAGGGGACAACAGCUGUCAGCAGCCGGCCCCCAAAUACUAAAGAGAGGAAGCUGCCCAGGCCUCAGGACUUCCAGGACAGGGAGAAACAGGCGCUGGCUCCAGGUCAGACCUACAGGUUCAGAGUUGCAGGCAUCAACUGCUUUGGCCAGGGAGACUUCAGCCCAGUCAGUGAGUUCAAGACCUGCCAACCUGGUUUCCCUGGAGCGCCCUCUGCUGUCAAAAUUACCAAGGCCAGUGAUUUGGUCCACAUCACAUGGGAGGCUCCAUCCUCUUCAUCAGGCCGGAUCCUAGAGUAUUCCAUGUACAUGGCAGUGAGGAAAAGCCGCUCAUCCGCCUCGGAGCGGCAAGGUCAGAUGGCGUUCAUCAGGAUCUACCGUGGCACCAAGACUUCCUGCUCAGUCAGUUCCACUCACCUGGACAACGCUCACAUCGACUGUUCUGCCUCCAACCGACCAGCUGUCGUCUUCCGCAUCGCAGCCAAGAACGAGCAGGGCUAUGGUCCAGCCACGCAGAUCCGCUGGAUUCAAGAUCUCAGCAAAUUGCGUGCAUCUGCAUCCAAAGCGGACAACAGCACAGCAGCUGACCAGGGUGCUGCUGACAGAUAACCAUGCAAGACUCUCAAAUUCUUUAUAACAUAUUGAUUUGUCUCAUUUUAUUCACUUUUUCUUGCAGCUUGAGCUGAAAAACUUUGGACAUGUGGUGACAUUUGGGGAAGAAGACUGUAAAGCAAAAGGUUCAGCAACACUUGCAGUGUUUUGAGCAACUUUAAUGUAAAGAUCAAAGAGCAAUGUGUUUUGGCAAGGAGCCUUCGUCAGGGUCUAUUAAAAGUAUAUAACAAAAAGUCCUUUAAGUAUUACAAGUAUAGAAAAAAAUCCUUUAAAAAGACAAUAAUAUACACUCUCAUACAUACUGGCCAAUAAAAAAUAUGCACAUAAAUAGGUUAGGUAUAUGGUAAUGUAGUUGUACCUCCCAACGGGCAUUCAGCAAUUUAACCAGUCCACAAAACAUCAUGGGCCUCCCCAGAAGGUUCUCAAUUAAUGUGUUUCUACAGUGGGGCCGCUUUGUUACCCUUUUUUCUUAACCUCUUGGGCUUCAGUUGUGUACCCUAUUUUUGUUGCCUCCAUUAUAUUUUGUUUUGUUUUCUCUUACACCUAUACUUUAGAUCUUAUCUUUUUGUUUCCUGUGCUGUACUGUGGUUCUAAUUCUGCCCAGUUGUUUGUUUGCAUUGUAUUUGUUUUUGUUGUGAUUGGGGAGGCCUAUGAUGUUUUGUGAAUUGGGUACAUUGCUGAACAGUUUUCGGGAGAGCUGUGGCUCUGCCCUGAGUCUGCAUUUUCUUGCAUGUUCAUUAGAUGUGGUAUCCAUCAAUCCAUUAUUUAUACCGCUUAUCCUGAAGAGGGUUGUGGGGGGGCUGGAGCCAACCCUAGCUUACACUGGGCAAGAGGCAGGUCACUAGUGUAUCACAGGGCUAACACAGAGACAGACAACCACAUUCAUACAUACAGACAAUUUAGAUUCACCAAUCAACCUAAGCUGCCUGAGUUUGGACUGUGGGAGGAAGCUGGAGUACCCAGAGAAAAUCAGGGAGAACAUGCAAACUCCACACAGAAAGGUUGCCUGGUUUGGCCAAGGCAUGAACCCAGAGACAGCACAAAUCACUGUUCCACUAUUUUUUUUGUUAUGUACUUUAAACAGAUCCUGAUGAAGUCUCCUUGCUGAAACAUGUUGGUAUUAGGUCUUUACAUUAAAGUUGCAAAACACUGUGAAUGUUGCUGGACAUCUUGUUUUGCGGUUAGUUUUCCCCUUGUUUAUGCACCUUGACAGUGGAUGAAGUUGUGCUAGAAAUGUUUUCUGCAUCAGGGAAUUGACAAUAUAUGCUACUCACUUGUUUUAUAUUUGCUAGUUUUGUUAAUUUAUUUUUUUAUGUAUUAUAAGUAGCUGAUUUUCACAGGAAUUUUACAUAUGUAAAAUGCUGUCAGGGCUGUUGUAUUGGAAAGAAUGUCUAAGUGGAGAUCAGUUUUACAGUCCUUUUGACAUGAUGAGGUUCUGAAUUAUCAAUAAACUAUAUAAUGGAGUGUUGCUGUAGCCCAUAACAUUUUUACUUGUUCUAGGUUUGGUUUAAAAUGUUAGAGUACUUUUGUCAUUGUAUCUGUUGCUGCAAGCAUUCCCUGCAUUCUCUGUA